CAGUCCUCAGCUGAGGCUGGCUGCAGUCAGUGUGUUGCGCUUGUGGGAGCAUAGCAGUCAUUUACACGUGCAGGACCACUGCUGCAUAGCUACAGUAGCGCUGCAACCGGAACCGUCAUCGGACAAGUACUUGGGAGAGCUGCUCUCAGAGCUGCACGCACUGCACUGCACACAUCUCAAACGCGCGACGAACGACGCAAUAAAUCCGUGAAAUGGCGCGCCUGCUCCUCCUCUACGCCGUCGCCGCGACCAGCGCCUUCGUGCUGCCGGCACCCAAGCGACCGGCCACGACGCUGUACGCCAAAAAGGGCAAAAAGGCCAACAAGUUCAAAAAAACGAGUGGCCAGCCGAAGCAGGAGAAGAAGAAGGUGCAGGAGGAGCGCUUCGACGCGGCCACGCGCCAGUACAUGUUUACUCUGGCGGGCCUGACCAAGAAGACGCCGGACGCGCAGCGAACCAUUCUCGAUGGCGUGGACCUGUGCUUCUUCCCGGGCGCGAAGAUUGGGGUGGUGGGCCAGAACGGAGCAGGGAAAUCUACCCUUCUCAAAAUUAUGGCAGGUGUCGACGACGCCUUCGACGGCACGGCUAGACCCGCACCGGGCGCGUCCGUCGGGUACUUAGCCCAGGAGCCGACGCUGGAGGGCGAGACCGUCGAUGAUGCCAUAGCCCCCGCAAUAGCCAAGUCCCGAGCUAUCCUCGACAAGUUCAACGACUUGUCCGCCACGUUAGGAGAUCUGGAAGGAGACGCCAUGGACGACGCCAUGGAGGAAUUGGGGCGCAUUCAAGAUCAGAUCGACGCGGGCGAUCUGUGGGAUUUAGAUAGACGCGUCGACGUCGCGUGCGCUGCUCUCAGAUGCCCGCCGCGCGACGCGCAAACAAAAGUUUUGUCGGGCGGCGAGAAGCGGCGCGUCGCGUUAUGUAGGUUGCUGCUCGAGGGCCACGACCUGCUGCUGCUCGACGAGCCCACCAAUCACUUAGACGCGGAGUCGGUGCUGUGGUUGGAGCGAUAUUUGGCGGAGUUUAAGGGGACAGUGGUAACGGUGACGCACGACCGUUAUUUUCUGGAGAACAUCUCGGAGUGGAUCUUGGAAUUGGACAAUGGCAAGGGCCUGCCCUUCGAAGGUUCUUAUGGGGAGUGGCUCGCCGCGAAAGCCGUUAGAAGAGCGGAGAGCAAGCGCGCCGCCGACGCCGCGUCGAAAGCUGCGGACAAGGAGCUCGAGUGGCUGCGGUCGGCCAAGGCCGGCUCGAAAACAAAGGCGCGGCUCAAAUCGUAUGAUGCGCUCGUCGACGCCGCGCGGACGGCGGACGACGCCUCCGUCGGCGCGGGCGCGAUCUGGAUCCCGCCGGGGCCCCGUCUCGGCGAGGAGGUCAUCGUCGCCGAGGGCCUGCGGAAGGAGAUCGGCGACCGCGUCCUCAUCGACGACUUGAGCUUCGAGGUGCCGCGGGCGUCCGUCGUCGGCAUCGUCGGCGCGAACGGCGCGGGGAAGUCCACACUCAUCAAAAUGCUCACGGGCCAGGAGCCCGUCACCGCGGGGGAAGUGAAGGUGGGAGGGACCGUCAAGCUGGCGUCGGUGGACCAGGCGCGCGAAGACCUCGACGCCAAGGGCGGCCAGUCCGUCUUCGAGGCCAUCUGCGGCGAGCGCGAGACGCUGGACCUGGGCGAGCGCGAGGUGAACGCGCGCGCAUAUGUAUCGGCCUUUGGCUUCCGGUCCCGCGAGCAAUCGAAGAAGAUCAAAGAUCUUUCUGGGGGCGAGCGGAACCGGGCGCAGCUGGCUUCGGUCGUGCGGGAGGGCGGCAACGUGCGGUUGGCGUCCUUCACGUAGUUAUUGUCUCACCGGUCGCUGCCAACACAGGUCCUCGUCCUCGACGAGCCCACGAACGACCUGGACGUCGGCACGCUGCGCGCGUUGGAGGAGGCGAUCCUGGGUUUCGCCGGUACGGUGUUGGUCGUGUCGCACGACCGCUUCUUCCUCGACCGCGUCGCCACGCACAUCCUGGCGUUUGAAGGGGACUCGCACGGCGGCAGUGUCACAUGGAAGUCUCAGUAUCUCACGUCACGUCGACGGCGUGUGCCGAGGCGCGUACCCCGCCGCAGGCAUGUCGAGGUGUUCAACGGCAACUGGGCCGAGUACGCGGCGAACCGCCUCGAGCGCGGCCUCGGCGACGAGGUCUCGAACUUCAAGUACCGAAAGCUCGUGGAGGCCUGA